GUCAGUCCAGCAGGAGUGCUACAUAAUAAAGUUAAAGCCAGGCAGGUUUAAAUCAGUCGUUGGCUGUUUUACUUUAUUUAAAUGUCUCAUUCGCUCUAAUAAUUUCAGGGGAUAAUUAUGUGGAAUGUAUUUUUCUUUUCAACAAUGUUUAUCAAGAUACUAAAGUUCCCAGCUGGUCUGUUUGUGUUUAUCUCAAUAGCAACCAGACUUUGCCGGCAACAAAGCGACAUUUGUGAACUGUACUAUUUUUUUUCUUCCAUCUGCAUCUGUGUAUUUAAACAAAGUUUGCGUGGUUUAUGUAAUGUAACGAGAGUGGUAGUUACAAUUAACCAGCUAACUAGCUAAUCGCUAUUAUCGAGUUCCAAAAGCAGUUUUAGGUCCUCUGAUCAUGGCUAAAGACCCGUUGGCCGAAGCUUGUCUUCAUUUUGAUGAACUCAACAAACUGCGAGUACUCGAGCCUGAUGUGAGCCAGAAAACCAUUGCGCUCAAAGAGGAAUGUGAAGAUUUUGUUGACAAGAUAGGUCAGUUUCAGAAAAUUGUAGGUGGACUUAUUGAACUUGUGGAUGAGCUAGCAAAGGAAGCCGAAACUGAAAAAAUGAAGGCCAUAGGUGCAAGAAAUUUACUGAAAUCGGUUGAAAAGCAACGGGAGGCUCAGCAGCAACAGCUUCAGGCUCUGAUUGUAGAAAAGAAAAUGCAGUUGGAAAGGUAUCGAAUAGAAUAUGAAGCUCUUCAAAAAGUCGAAGCAGAGCAGAGUGAAUUCAUUGAUCAGUUUAUACUGCAGAAAUAAGAGUGCUUUAUUUCCUCUUUCUGUUGGACAAAAAAAGUGAUGCUAUGCGUCUUGAUUUACAAUGACUUCCUAAUCAGUGCAGAGUCCCUAACUAGGUUAACCGAAUCGACCAGUUAAUAGGUGACAACAGACAUCGGUUUCAGCCUCUGACUCUGUGUUAACCGAGUGCAUUUGCAUGGCCAGUUCAAGGAAGCUAACCAUAACCUAUCCAACCAUAGAUCAUAAUCUCAGAUGAAAACUAUUUAUAUACAAAAGAAGUUAUUUAUACUAUUUAUAUGGAAAUUAGUUUGUAAAACUGAUUUUUUUUUACAGCAGGAAAAUACAGUAUUUGCAUGUUACUGUAAAUAAUUCCAUCAUGAGACAUCAUCGGGUAAAUGGUUUCUUUUCUGUAUGAUUUGUAUUUUAACUGCUGUUUGUGACUGGAACUCAUCCGGUUUUAUUUUCUCAUGCUCAUGGCAUUUUUAUUGUCUGCUCAUGGGACCACAACCAAAAUAUUUUCUGUA